CCUCGUCAUUCGGUUGUGACCUUUAUUCACUGCAGAUGGGGCAUUCUGUUCUCCCACCCUCGGGACUUUACCCCCGUGUGUACCACGGAGCUUGGCAGAGCUGCAAAGCUGGCACCAGAAUUUGCCAAGAGGAAUGUUAAGCUGAUUGCCCUUUCAAUAGACAGUGUUGAAGACCAUCUUGCCUGGAGCAAGGAUAUCAAUGCUUACAACUGUGAGGAGCCCACAGAAAAGUUACCUUUUCCCAUCAUCGAUGACAGGCAUCGGGACCUCGCCGUGCUGCUGGGCAUGCUGGACCCGGCCGAGAAGGACGAGAAGGGCAUGCCUGUGACGGCGCGCGUGGUGUUUGUUUUUGGCCCUGAUAAGAAACUGAAGCUGUCCAUCCUCUACCCAGCGACCACCGGCAGGAACUUCGAUGAGAUUCUCAGAGUAGUUAUCUCCCUCCAGCUGACAGCGGAAAAGAGGGUUGCCACCCCGGUUGACUGGAAGGUUGGAGAUAGCGUGAUGGUCCUUCCAACCAUUCCUGAAGAGGAAGCCAAGAAACUUUUCCCUAAGGGAGUCUUUACCAAAGAGCUCCCGUCUGGCAAGAAAUACCUGCGCUACACUCCCCAGCCGUAGGUCUGCUGGUGCGGGAGAUGCUCACCCGCAGUGAGCCAGAGGCAAUUCCAUAGAACGUCGUGCUGUGAUCACAGCCACAGUCUCUAGGUUGCUGUACUAGUGGCUUAUUAAAUGAGAAUGGCACUAAAACCUCCAUGGGAUUCUUUGCUUCAUGCCUUCACUGGCCUUCUGUUCUGUCCAUAUGUCUCAGCACUCGCCUGGCUCUGAAAUAUAGUCUGUCUUUGAGACUCA